AUGUCAGUGAGCUACCAGGGUAAUACUAUAGAUAGUAAUGAUUCUUCCGGUGUACCCGAUCAAGACGAUACCAGAGAAAUCAGUCGAUCAUUGGUUAAUACCAGCUCUAGUGAAACAAAUUCUGAUAACCAUCUUAAACGGACAGAAAAUAGUUCCGAUCACAUUUCUGAUGAUUCUCCUGAAACAAAUUUUAAUAAUUCUUCUGAACAAAUAAACUCACGAUGUGAUGGGUCAAAGACUCGUACCAAAGACACUGAUAUUCCGGUAUCUGGUAUAUCUGAUAUUACUUCAAAUCCUGAUAAACAUCAGGAAGAGACAAAAUCGAGAGUCACUAAUUCAUCUCCGACUACAACUAUAUACACAAAGCUUAAAUCGUUAAAAGAAAAGGAAGUAGACGAUUUCUUUGAUUUACUAAAAAAAGAAAGGAUUAGUAAUAUAAUGAGAGAGAGAAAUAGGGAAAAGAAGUUUCAAUGUGAAUCACCUAGCCAGGAGGCACACUCGGAAGAAAAGCACGUGAUUGAAAUUUCAGCGAACUUGGUUCGCCCAAAUAAUGAGACUUCAAUAACUCCGUCUAUUCUAGCCAUGUCCCAAUUGUCACCAGAUAAUAGAGAUAUUAUUAGUCUAUAUAAAAAUGCAUGUGAUGCGGAAGUAGGUGCUAUCAAAGCUAAUCAGGAAGAAACAUUACGUUGGUGUUUCUAUGCUAGAAAAUUCAAAAGCAUGUAUAAAGAUUUUAUGGUCAACAAUAAAGUCGGGGAAAAGAAGGCAAAAGGUCAGAAGCCUGAUAUAGAAUUUACCGAUGAUUCUUCUGAUGUUGAUGAGACAAAGAUGCUCGAAGAGCACCCCAUAGGACCUGAAAAAUCUUUAUUGGAUGUAAGUAAUGAUCGAGAUCCCAGCUAUGAAUACGAUUUUGAAGAUGUCUAG